AUGUCGUCCCGCUCUGGUACCACACUCUAUGUCACUGGGUUCGGUCACGGUACUCGCGCUCGUGACCUUGCCUAUGAGUUUGAGCACUACGGGCGGCUGGUAAGAUGCGACAUUCCAGCUCCCAGAACCGCCUCUAGCCGACUCUUUGCCUUUGUCGAGUACGAAAGCCGCCGAGAUGCUGACGACGCCUACCACGAGAUGCAUAACAAGCGUAUCGGUAGGGACGACGUCUUGAAAAUCGAGUGGGCUCGAACUCCUCCAUCUGCUACGUGGCGCUACGAAGCAGGUCGCGGCGGCCGUGAACGUCGUGACCGCACUCCUCCUCGACGAAGUUACCGUUCCCCGUCCCCUCGACGCCGCGACUUUUCUCCCCGCAAGGAUGAUCGCCGUGACCGCGACCGAGAUCGAGAACGUGACCGCGACCGAGAUUACGAUGACCGCCGCCGAUCUCGUAGUCCCGCCGACCGAGAUCGUGACCGCGAUAUCAAGGAUGACCGAGAUCGCCGCGACGAUGACCGCGACACAGGCGCCAAUGGAGACGACCGAAAAGCGCCGGAUUCACCACCCCCGGCCCAUGAUGAACUCGAUACUGCCGAGUAG